AUGGAUAGCUUGGGUCUUUGUCCGAAGCGAAAACAAGUGGAAGCAGCGGCGAAUUCUAUCCUUCGUGAAGCGCGAUCAGACCCAUCUAUCUCAGUCGGCGAACACUGGAUUACACGCUUUUUGAAGCGCCAUCCUGACUUUAAACGACGCCCGCGACGUGCUCUAGAUAUUGAGCGAAUGCAGGCACUUGAUAAAACGGCUACACGGGCGUGGUUUGACCAGUAUCAUCGGAUUAUUGUCGACAAGGGGAUUGCACCUCAGGACAUCUACAAUUUUGAUGAAACUGGGUUCCAAAUUGGCGUCGGCAAGGACCAAUGGAUCAUUACCAGGGAGCCUAAGAAGAAGAUAUUUAGUGGCACUUCAACUAACCGGGAAUCAGUGACUGUGGUUGAGUCUGUGAAUGCGGAUGGCAGCUUCGUGAUCGCACCAGUCAUUAUUCUCUCUGGCCGCCAAAUCCUCCUUCGAUGGUUUGAUUCUAUCACUGAGGAGUGUAUUGCAGUCAAUGAUACUGGAUACAUGAAUCAACAGCUCGCCUACCAGUGGAUCCACCAUUUUAAUCGCCAAACCAAAGGUCGAACCGCUGGGAAAUAUCGACUACUCCUUUGUGAUGGCCUUGAUGCCCAUAUUACUAUGUAA